AUGAUUAUGGUAGGAGGUCAAAGGGUUUACUCCUUUGGCCAUCCUUCUGUUCACACCACAAUUGAGAGAUUUCUCAAAGAUCAGGAGAAUCCAUCCCUCGAUGAUUCAUCAUCUCCGGUGGUUUUAACAACGAGGAAUGCUACUGAGCGUAUCAUUCAUGCUCACAGAAACGCACGGCUUCAGCAGAUGUACCAGGAAAUAAUGCAGCUGGAAAAGGAAUUGGAAGCAGCAAAGAAAUGCACAGAAGUGCUGGAUAGGGCGAAGGAGGACCCAGGAAAGCAGUGGUGGAAGAGGCCUAUUGAAGAGCUUGAUCCAAAUCAGCUUAUGAUAUAUGCAAACAACAUGGAGGGACUCAUGAUGAAAGUUAAAAAGGAAAUGCCUCCGAUUUCUAUUGAAGGAGGUACUGCUCCUUUUACGGAUCUAAUUGGAAUUACUGACGUUUAUGGCCAUAUUUCUCUUAAUUCUGACAAUUUCAUGAAUCAAUUUGGUGGGAGGACUGAAGAUGGACAUGUUCCCGGUCGUCAUUGCCCAUCUGUUGCUGGCGGCAAUGAUGUUGAAGAGGAUAUUGAUCUGAACCGUUCAGCAUCACCAUCUGGAUCUGGUAGUUCGGAAAAGGAUGAUGAUGAUAAGAAAUUUGUUCGUGUUCAUCAAUUUAUUUAGGUUUAUCCAAGAUGAUGAUAGUGGUCUCAUAGUCUCUGAUGGAUGUUUUGAUUGUUGUUCUGUUGUUC